AUGGCUCCUCGUCCAACGGCGCUACUGUCAGCUCUCAGAGCAGUCCGCCGACCAAGACUGCCCUUCUCCCCACAAAACCUGGCAUCGCUGCGCCUCUUUACCACCACCAUCGGUCGACGAGCCCCCGAUUUAAGUGCCGAUGCGAAGAAGAUUAAGCUCACUUCCGCCUCCUAUCCAGACCUACAGCGGGACCCGAGAUUCACUCAGCUCACGGAGCGCCACGUCGCCCACUUCAAGAAGCUCCUCGGAGAGGCCGGAGUCAUUGACGGCGUCACGAGAGACGCGACAGAUGACAUCCAGCCGUUCAAUGAAGACUGGAUGCGCAAGUACCGUGGCGAGAGCCGGCUCGUCCUCAAGCCUGCUUCCACCGAGGAGGUGAGCGAAGUCCUGAAAUACUGCAACGAAGAAAAGCUCGCGGUUGUCCCGCAAGGCGGCAACACCGGUCUCGUCGGCGGCUCGGUCCCCGUGUUCGAUGAGGUCAUCAUCAACAUGAGCCGGAUGAAUCGCAUUCAUUCCUUUGACGAGGUUAGCGGAACCCUCGUCGUCGACGCGGGCGUCAUCCUGGAAGUUGCGGAUCAGUACCUCGUCGAGCGAGGGUACAUUUUCCCGCUUGACCUUGGUGCGAAGGGCUCGUGCCAGAUUGGCGGUAACGUUGCCACGAAUGCCGGUGGCUUGCGCUUGCUGAGGUAUGGAAGCCUGCACGGCAACGUCCUGGGCCUCGAAGCGGUCUUGCCCGACGGAACCGUCGUGGACGACCUCUGCAUGCUGCGCAAGAACAACACGGGCUAUGACCUCAAGCAACUUUUCAUCGGCGCCGAGGGCUCUCUCGGCAUCAUCACCAAGGUUUCCGUGAUAUGUCCCCAACGCUCCAGCGCUGUCAACGUCGCCUUCUUCGGCCUCGAGUCCUUCGACAAGGUCCAGCAGGCCUUCCGAGCGGCCAAGGGCCAGCUUUCCGAGAUUCUCUCCGCCUUUGAGCUCAUGGACGCAACCAGCCAACGGCUCGUUCACGACGUGAGGCAAACCCAGAAGCCAUUGGAAGGCGAUCAUCCCUUCUACUGCCUCAUCGAAACCAGCGGUUCGAACGGCGAUCACGACUACGAAAAGCUCGAAUCGUUUUUGGAGGACGUCAUGUCCAGGGAAAUUGUGUCCGACGGCGUCCUGGCGCAAGACGCUACACAAGCCAAGUCCCUUUGGUCCUGGCGGGAGGGUAUUCCCGAGUGCCUUGGUCACUGGGGAGGCACCUACAAGUACGACGUGUCUAUCCCCCUGAGCGACCUAUACAAGCUCGUCGAAGAGACCCAGGCGCGAAUGGAAGAGGCCGGUCUGGUGGGCAACGAUGACAGUUACCCCGUUGUGGGCGUCGUUGGGUACGGACACAUGGGCGAUUCCAACCUCCAUCUCAACGUGGCUGUCCGGCGGUACGACCCAAGCAUCGAGCAAGUUCUGGAGCCAUUCGUAUACGAGUGGAUUCAAUCGAGAAAUGGCAGCAUCAGCGCGGAACAUGGCCUCGGUCUCGCAAAGAAGAAGUUUAUCGGCUACAGCCGGUCAGAAACCAUGGUUGGCCUAAUGAAGAAUAUCAAGGAUCUUUACGAUCCCAACGGUAUCAUGAACCCCUACAAAUACAUUUAA